UUUGCGCACUUGACUGAGACAACAGCGUCAGAGCCUUUAUACACCAAGGGCGACCUGGUGAACUACGGAAACUCCCAGAAUGCACUGCUCAGAAAACAUGGCCGCUUUCAUAGCAGUGGUGUAACGUUAGUUAUGUCCCUUUGCUUACCCAGUUUAGUGGCCGGUGAUUUUACUGUCGACACGUUCCUGUAAGUUAAUUACACUCGGUCGAAUGCAGAUUGAACACAAUGCCCAAAUACUACGAAGAGAAGGAGGAGGACGGUCGCGCUUGUGCUGGAAUCAAAGAAGAUUUCAAAGCCUGUCUGCUGCAGCAUGACUGCGUCGUGAAGGAAGGCAAGAAGCCCAGCGAGUGUCUGAAGGAGGGUCACUGCAAACACUUGCAAGUUUCUUUCUUUGAAUGCAAAAGAUCAAUGCUGGACACAAGAUCUCGAUUCAGAGGCAAAAAAGGCUACUAAUUGGAUCCUGUUAUGUAUAAUUUUAUUUGGUGCCAGAAGGAGCUGGAGAUGGAUUUGAACUAUGAGGCUGUUCUCCUAAGUUGUAAAUAACAAACUUGCUCAACAUGCUUGUGUCAUGGACUGCUAAUAUUUUUUAUGCUUUUGCCAACAUUAAAUAUGCUGUGGUAAAUAUG